AUGAUCACUGAAGAGAAGCCUGGAGGUGGCUUGCUGCUGUUUGAGAGACAGUGUGCUAGUGAGGUCCUUUGGUCUGUUGUCUUGUUAGAGCUUGAUGACUGCACCCUUCAAUUGUCUCACAACGGUACCUAUCUGGAUCUAGAAUCUACCCUAGCAGAACAAAGAGAUGAAUUAGAAGGCUUCCAGGAGGAUGCUGGGAGAGGUAAGAAGCACAGUAUAAUUCUGAGGACCCAGCUGUCAGUGAGAGUCCAUGCCUGCAUUGAAAAACUUUACAAUUCCAGUGGACGGGAACUGAGACGGGCACUUUUUUCCUUGAAACAAAUAUUUCAGGAUGACAAGGACUUGGUUCAUGAGUUUGUUGUCGCUGAAGGUCUGACUUGCUUAAUCAAAGUGGGAGCAGAGGCUGACCAGAAUUAUCAGAACUACAUCCUUAGAGCUUUGGGCCAGAUAAUGCUCUAUGUUGAUGGCAUGAAUGGAGUAAUAAAUCAUAAUGAAACUAUCCAAUGGCUAUACACGCUUAUUGGGUCAAAGUUUCGCCUGGUGGUAAAGACAGCACUGAAGCUGCUGCUGGUGUUUGUGGAGUACACUGAAUCCAACGCACCGCUUUUAAUCCAGGCAGUAUCUACUGUUGAUGAAAAGAGAGGAACCAAGCCAUGGUCCAACAUCAUGGAGAUACUGGAGGAGAAGGAUGGGGUUGAUACCGAGCUACUGGUUUACACAAUGACCUUGGUCAACAAGACGCUGUCGGGAUUGCCAGAUCAAGACUCUUUCUACGAUGUGGUGGAUUGUCUGGAAGAGCUAGGCAUUGAAGCUAUUUCACAGAGACACUUGAACAAGAAAGGAACAGACUUGGACUUAGUUGAGCAAUUUAACAUUUAUGAGAUGACACUGAGGCAUGAAGAUGGAGAUGAGAGUGCUGACCCCCCUCCCAGUGGGCGCAAGGACCGGAGAAGGGCCAGUCUUGGUGCUGGUGAGCGAAGGGGGUUAGAGCGCCGGCGGAGCCGCAGGCACUCGGUACAGAACGUCAAAAGCACUUUAUCAGCCCCUGCGAGUCCAUGUGGCCAGUCCAGCUUCAUGCUGGGCCAUGGGCAGCGCGUUGACGAGCUCAGUGAGAGAGAGGACGAGUAUGAAGAGGAGGAAGAAGAACAGCCAAUCACAGAGCCCAAUACUGAGGAUGAGGGGGAGGAAGAGGCCAAUAGGCAGGUCAAAGCCAGUGAAGUUCAAGAUGUGCAGGAGUCUGUGAAUGGAAACUUUUCACAGUGUUCUUCCGCUGUCUCCAGUACCAUUUCUCCAGCUGAGAGGUCUCUUCCCUGCGCUAGAGCAAAGACCUCUUCUAGCAGCUCCACUUCUGUGCCUGACUCAUCUAUCUGUCAUCAUAAUUCUGUCCUUUCAUCAUCAUCCUCAUCAUCACCUGUGACAGCAUUUCUGAGCUCUCCCCAAAAUUCCUCAGCAUCCAUUACUCCAAAGGCAUCUCCAACAGUGGAGAAAUUACCUUAUGUACCACAUACUCCUUUUCACCUCUUCUCAUAUGACUUUGAAGAGUCUCCAGCAUCUGUGAAAGAGAAGGAAGCAGAAAUGAUGAGGGAAAACAGAUACAAUAGCUAUGGCAGCAGCUCUUACUCUUCACCACGACCCUAUGCUGGUGUGAGUGCCCCUACAACCCCCACUACUCGUUAUGGGACAACUCUGUCACCACCUCAAGAGACCAAAUCUGACAGGCCGGCUUUGGGUGGUCUCCUUACAUCAUCUUUUCGGCAGCACCAGGAGUCCUUGGCAGCUGAAAGAGAAAGACGGCGUCAGGAGAGAGAAGAAAGGUUGCAAAGGAUAGAACGUGAAGAAAGAAACAAAUUCAAUCGUGAUUAUUUAGACAAAAGAGAAGAACUAAGACAAGCAAGAGAAGAGAGAUACAAAUACUUGGAGAAGUUGGCAGCAGAGGAAUAUGAGAAGGAGCUGAAGAGUCGGAGUGUAAGCCGAGGCAGAAGUGAACUGUCCUUGAAUCUGAGAUCUCCUUCAGCUCCAUCCUCACCUGUACCCAAGUGCAUCAGCCCAGCAUCCAUAGAGUCCCAGGAAGAGCUGAAGACCCCUUCCACCCCUUGUGGCACCCCUCAGCCCUCAGAAGUGAGUGCCAGUGAACCCGAACCAGAGACAGAGACAGAACCAGAACCAGAACCAGAACCAGAGCAGGAGGCUAAGGCUGAGGCCCAGCAGGGAACGGAGACAUCCAAGGAAAUAGAGGCUACAGAGGUGGGACCAGAGAGUGAGGUGGAGCAAGGACCAGAGAGAGAGCCAGAAGAAAGUGCAAUACUCAGUGAAAAAGAGAGGCAGAAUGAGGAAGUGAAUGAAAAAGACAACUGCUCUGCAUCCAGUAUAUCCUCAGCAAGCAGCACUUUAGAGAGGGAAGAGAGAGAGGACAAGUUAACCAGUGACAAUGAAACUGGUCCAUGGUCACAGACCAUUCAGGAUGCUGGUGUGAAUGAGCAGUGCAGCAACAUCCUCAACAACAAGCGGUUUAUGUUGGACAUGCUGUAUGCGCAUAACAAAAAGCCCAAGGAUGAAGAGGAGAAGGAGCUGGAGGCGAAGGAGGAAAAGAAGGAGACGGAGGAAAAUGAGGAGUCACUUACUAGCCUAGCCAGUAGGAUCUCUAUUCUUCAGGCCACCAAGCAGGCCAAAGAUGAAAGUGUCAAAAAGAUAGAGAUUGGAAAUCUGGACAACCAAGGCAGUGUGAAAGCCUUUGCGGAAAAAUUCAACAGUGGUGAGCUGGCUAAGGGGACAGCUGGGCCUGAAGAUGAAAACAGUGAACAGGUCCCCGAGAAAACACCAGCACAGCCAAAGAAGGAAUCUGAUUACAUCUGGGAUCAGCUCAUGGCUAAUCCUAGAGAACUUAAAAUCAAAGACAUGGAUUUUACAGACUUGGGGGAGGAGGAUGAUGUAGAUGUGUUGGACAUGGAUAUGGGUCCUGGGGACUCCCUUGUUCCCCCUCCUCCACCGCCACCUUCUUUUCUGGGUUUGCCUCCUCCACCACCUCCCCCGUUGUUUGGAUGUCCGCCUCCACCUCCACCCUCUGCUAAUUUAUUGGCUCCUCCUCCACUCUUCAGCACUCCUCAGGGUUUAGGGUCACCCCAGGUUUCUAGGGGUCAGCCAGCAUUUAUAAAGAAGAAGAAAACCAUCCGUCUGUUUUGGAAUGAGGUACGGCCAUUUGAGUGGCAGUGUAAAAACAACAAACGCUGCAGAGAAUUCCUGUGGUCGAAACUGGAACCCAUUAAGGUGGACACUUCCAAACUGGAGCAUCUCUUUGAGUCUAAAUCCAAGGAACUGCCUGUCACAAAGAAAACUGCUGCAGAUGGGAAGCGACAGGAGAUAAUUGUAUUGGACUCAAAACGAAGCAAUGCGAUUAAUAUUGGCUUGACUGUGUUACCCCCUCCUCGCACUAUCAAGACUGCUAUUUUGAACUUUGACGAAUAUGCCUUAAACAAGGAAGGAAUAGAGAAAAUCCUGACCAUGAUCCCGACUGAGGAGGAAAAGCAAAAGAUCCAGGAGGCACAGCUGGCAAAUCCUGAUGUCCCCCUGGGCAGCGCCGAGCAGUUCCUUCUCACCCUCUCCUCCAUCAGUGAACUUUCCGCCAGGCUCCAGCUCUGGGCUUUCAAGAUGGACUACGAGAUAGUGGAAAAGGAAGUUGCAGAACCACUGCUAGACCUGAAGGAAGGAAUGGACCAACUGGAGCACAAUAAAACUUUGGGAUUCAUCCUCUCUACUCUACUAGCUAUUGGGAACUUUCUUAAUGGAACCAACGCCAAAGCUUUUGAGUUAAGCUACCUCGAGAAGGUUCCAGAAGUCAAGGACACAGUGCACAAACAGUCCCUGCUGCACCAUGUCUGCACUAUGGUGGUGGAAAAGUUCCCAGACAGCACUGAUCUGUAUUCAGAGAUCGGGGCCAUCACUAGGUCAGCCAAGGUUGACUUUGAACAACUCCAGGAAAACUUAUGUCAGAUGGAAAGACGGUGCAAAGCAUCAUGGGAUCACCUUAAGGCUAUAGCAAAGCAUGAAAUGAAGCCAAGCCUAAAACAAAAAAUGUCUGAGUUCCUUAAAGACUGUGCAGAAAGAAUCAUAAUCCUGAAGAUUGUUCAUAGAAGAAUAAUUAACAGGUUUCACUCAUUUUUGUUAUUUAUGGGCCAUCCUCCCUACGCAAUACGUGAAGUCAACAUCAAUAAGUUCUGCAAAAUUAUUAGUGAAUUUGCUCUGGAAUACCGCACCACCAGGGAACGAGUUCUGCAGCAAAAACAGAAACGAGCUAACCACAGGGAAAGAAACAAGACCAGAGGGAAAAUGAUAACAGAUACUGAUGAAGAGGAGGAUGCUGAGUCAGGCAAGUUCUCCAGCAGCUCACCCCCGUGCCAGAGCCAGCCACAGGGGCUGCAGUACGCCGAGGAUGCUGCCGAGCAUGAGAACAUGAAGGCUGUGCUGAAGACCUCCUCUGUUGGCGGGGAAAGCACCAUGGCGCUCGGGGUCCGCACUCGCAGCCGGGCCAGCCGAGGCCGUAUCGGUUCGUGGAACGCUGGCAAUGACGAUUCACCGAACGCAACGGAUGACGCAGCGGAUGAGAUCAUGGAUCGCAUUGUAAAGUCCGCCACCCAAGUGCCAAGCCAGCGAGCCGUGCCUAGAGAGAGGAAGCGGUCACGAGCAAAUAGGAAGUCAUUGAGAAGGACACUGAAAAGUGGGCUAACACCAGAAGAAGCCAAAGCACUGGGCCUCAUCAGCACUUCUGAGAUGCAGGUUUGAUAUCCCAGAGGUGGCAACAAGAAGAGCCAUUCAUCUGAAGCACACAGGCUGAAAACCCUUUGGUGUGGCAUUGAGCUGCCAACCUCUUCUGCUGCUUCCCACAUCCUGUCCUCUGUUCGUUCAAUUUUAAUAAGCAAAACUCCACAGCCAGGGCAGAAGAAGGGUGUGCCACAGCUCAGCAUGUCAUCUGAACAGUAACUGAAGAAGCAUUUCAGUGCUUGUAGGUGAAAGCAUAUGGCUUCUUCUUCUCAUGGUGUGUUGAUGUGGGUAGGAGGGGGCUCUCUGAGUUAUCUGUCAUUAUGUGAGCUGUGUUUACGUUGGCUUUUCUUGUACCCUGUUUUAGUCAUGGUAAAUGUAUGGCAUUUUGUCAAUGCAAGGAACGGUCCUUAAAGAGGCAAAAUAACUCCUGUUACAGCAAUCCCAAUUUUUCUGAAGAAGAUUCAUUAAGACAAGAUGCACAGUCUGUGCAGCCCAGUGGUUUGUUGGUUUUUUUAAUUAUUUUGCCACCAAAGAAUGUAAAAAUGUAUGUGUACCUUUGUAUAUGUACAGAAUGAAUGUGUGGACAUGUGUAUGUGUAUCUGUACAUAUACAGUCAUGGUGUGAAAUCAUGCUCUUGCUGAAGCUAGCUGGACCAUGAUUUUCACCGUGAGGCCUUACUGUUCCACCUGGACAGGAGGAAAAGAAUGUCUUUUUCGUAGGAACUCAGUGUUGUUCAGUGGGAUUCACCCUGUGGGGCAGGAGAUGGCCUGCAAUACAAGUGGAAAAUUUAGGAUCAUUAAUUCAUAUGUAUUAAUACACACUCAUACUGUACAUAGCAGCAUGCACACAGAGGAGAGAAUGCAAUUCCUCCCUCUUGUUGAGCUAUGGCUGUACUGUGCAUUUGUACAGUUUCAGAGAGAUCUGUGUCAACAAUUUUACAUACUCGAUAAAUGAAUUUGGAUGCUAAGAUCAAGAAGUUUUGUUCACUUGCCUGUGCCCUUCAUGCUGCUUUUCUCUGCUGCAAGAUAAUGUGGUGGUAAUUUUUUUUCAAAUUAAUGACUCUGAAUAUGAAAUAGCCCUGCUAAAAAGCCUGUUGUGUUUUUGCUGUUCUUUACUGGUUUUUUGUGAUUAUCCUUGAUACAAGUGGAGUGGGUACCACGGUAAACAACUCCAAUACAUUUGCCCUUAUCUCACUGUUUUAUAACUGACUUUUAUAACUACCCUCAGCAUGUUUGAAGAACCUUUUGUCAACUCAUCUGCCUUUAAGUGGAGGACAUACGCAGCAGUGAAGAUGAAUUGAACACAGUCAACCCAGCCAGUGCUGAAGUAUUUUGAAGAGAACUACAAACAACAAUAGCAGAAAAGGGAACUUUUUAAGCCAAAGUCUGUAUAUGGCCAUUUGAUCCUCAAUAAUGCACAAGACUGUGUCUUUCCAUUGCCUUAGCCUCUAAGAUUAGGAGUGUGUCUGCAGAGCAGUAACAGCUGAGGCUUCCUUCAAGCCGGUUAACUGGGGAACUACUGCAGUUUAGUCAUGGUAACAGGAUUCAAUUUUGGCUGCAAAACACACUUGGAAAAUAGAAUUAAAUAAUAGUCUAUGCUGGGGUCCUAAUGCCAUAGUUGUGUUGCUUCUGGCACCCAGUCUAGGUCUACUCUGCUCUCAGUAAGGACAGGAUAAUUGCUGAAGAUUGUUCAGGAUAGUUGAACCAAACACAAUAAGCCUUUGAAACUUUAGUCACCUAUCACAUCGCAUUGAGCACAGCAUCCAAGUGAUGAGAGAACCAGGUAGCUGACAACACUGCAGUAAGGUCUGUGGUUGAACAUCCCAUUUAUGCUGCCCACCCUCUUGAUCAUAAUAUUUCAUUCUUUAUCUACUGAUGCCUUGGAUCUUCCAUGGAAUCAAAAGUCACUAAUGAGCAAAGGUUCUUAAGGACAGUAUUAAGUUCAAUGUUGUUUUCCCCUCAACUUGUUAAAAAGCCAAUUUUACAAGUAGGCAGAAGGCAGUAGUUGGGUAAUUAAUAAAAUAUGUUGUGUAUUUGAAAGCCAUGGAAAGGAGAAAGCUGACUGGGAAAUUGAAGUGGCACAUAACUUAUUUCACUGUAAAAUAUGCAGGACCUACAAGCAUCUGGAUUUUAAAGUGGAUCUUUAUGUGCUGCUCACCAUUAUGGACUUUUAAAAUCUCUCUUAAGGAUGCUUAGAACAAAGAAAUGAAGGUAAUGGGGGUUCGUGGAGGUCUUUGAAGUCUGAAACAAGAGGAAGACGCCCUGAAUGUAAUGGUUAUGUUGAACUGUGCUACUUGCUAAGUGAUAAAAGAAGCAGAAACACAACAAAAUGCAUUUAUGCUGACAGAGAUCCUAUAUUUGACUGGGAGGAGAAAAUAAAACAAGGUUUUAAAUCUGAAUAUUUUAAUUAAAAUAUGUUGAACAUGCAAAAUAGGUGACUGUUGGUGACCACUUGCUAACAGGGAACAAGAUUUUGUUUUGUUUAGACAGAGUACAGUGUCUGUCUCUGAAACAUAACUGAUGAAUUUCUAAUAGUUAAGCAUAUGUGUUUUCCAAGAACUGUGCAAAAGUGUACAAAACUUUAUAUGCUCCUUAUCAAAGAGAACAUUAAAUAUGGGAAAUAAUAUGGGUUAAAAUAAGAUUGAGG